AAAUUCAAAAAAAACCAUGUCUUAUUUCUCUCUCUCACCAACCAAAUUUUGCCAUGUAAAUUAAAAAUCAUUCUAAAUUUGCAACCACCUUGCACAUCUUUUUUUUUCUUUAAUUGUCGUGGCAAAGUUUCAUUGGUAGGACAGAAAAAUCAGACACCCAUGGGGACUGAUGAUUUUGGUCCCCAAGUUCUAACACUUCCUCCUAUUUCUUCUCAACAUAUAAGCCAUCACACCCCACACCCUCUAGUGAGUUAACAAGCGCAAACUCAAAUUUUCUCACUAGUAUCUUCACCAUGCCAUCAUCAAAUUAUUUUCAAUGGCUUAGCCUUGUGGGCAUCAUUUGGCUCCAAGCCAUAAAUGGCACAAAUACAAAUUUCCCUGCUUACUCCUCCCAGCUAAAACAAUCCCUUUCCAUGUCCCAAGUGCAGCUCAAUAACCUUGCUUUUGCCUCUGAUGCAGGCAAACUUUUUGGCUGUUUUUCUGGCAUGGCUGCAGUUUACCUCCCUCUUUGGCUGGUCCUCAUGAUCGGUUCGACUCUCGGGUUAAUCGGCUAUGGUGUUCAAUAUCUCUUCAUAACAAACCAAAUUCCAUCUCUGUCCUAUUGGCAUGUCUUCUGUCUAACAGUUCUAGCAGGGAACAGCAUUUGUUGGAUCAACACUGUUUGCUAUGUUGCCACAAUAAGGAACUUCUCUUCUCAUCGCCAAGUUGCCGUGGGAAUAACAACUAGUUACCAAGGAUUAAGUGCAAAGAUUUACACCAGCAUUGUUGAUGCUAUCUCAGGACACAACAAAAAAGCUAGAAUCUUUCUGUUUCUAAACUCUGUAAUGCCUGUGAUAGUUAGUCUUAUUGCAGCUCCACUAGUCCGGGAAAUUGAAAUCACAAAGGCUAAACACAUGGAUAUGGGAUUUGUUGUUAUGUUUGUUGUUACAAUUGGCACUGGAUUAUAUGCUGUAAUGAGUAGCUUGGAAUUUGUGUCAAGUAAAUUAUCUCCAAGGAGUAACCUUAUUGGAAUUCUAGUGUCACUUUUUCUCCCUCUUAUAGUUCCAGUUUCUAUGAUGGUUAGUGCAUUAGUGAGGUCUUGGCACACAAACAGAGAAAAACUAAGAGUCUAUCAUUUUACAGCAGAGGAAAGUCCAACCAAAAAUGAAGAGAGGACAGACUCAGAAAAUGAAGUUAAAGAGGAUGAAACUUGUGAUGAAGUUCAAGAGGAUCAAGAUAUCAGAGAAGAUAUUGGAGUGAUGUUGAUGCUGAGAAGAGUAGAUUUCUGGUUAUAUUUUUUUGUCUAUUUAUUUGGUGGAACACUUGGUUUAGUGUAUCUUAAUAACUUGGGACAAAUAGCUGAAUCCAGAGGUUGCUCUGGUACUUCAUCAUUGGUGUCUUUGUCUUCCUCUUUUGGGUUCUUCGGCCGUCUCAUGCCAUCUCUUGUGGACUACUUUUACAGGGGCAAGAGUAGAAUAUCAAGGCCAGCUUCAAUGGUUGCAUUGAUGGUUCCAACAGCAGGGGCAUUCUUCUUACUUCUCAAUAAAACUCACCUCACCCUAUACAUUAGCACUGCCAUAAUUGGUGUGUGUACUGGAGCAAUCACUUCAAUUGCUGUUUCCACAACCACCGAGUUAUUUGGAACAAAGAGUUUCUCUGUGAACCAUAAUUUGGUGGUGGCCAACAUUCCAGUGGGGUCCUUUGUAUUUGGUUACUUGGCUGCUAUUGUUUACCACAUGCAAGGACAUGGACAUGGGAAAUGCAUGGGCAUGGAAUGCUACAGAAACACUUUCAUCGUUUGGGGUUCCCUUUGUUUCUUUGGCACUUUCUUGGCUUUGAUUCUACAUGCAAGGACUCGCAAGUUUUACUCACAAAAUACACUAGGGUAAUUGGGCAAACAUUUUUUUUCCAUUUAUACACCUAGCUAGUCAACAAUCCUAACACCCUUGAGUGUAUAUGUUGAAAUAUAUGUAAAUCACUUGUCUUUUAUACAAGUCUUUUUUUUUUCUGCUAGCAAAAGAAUAUACAUUUUCUCGAUGAAAAAUGUGGGCUCAACGCCCGAGAGGAAUAAAAUCAAUAAAACCAAAAGACUACUCUUCUAUGAUAAA